UUAAUUCGAACCAAAUACAUAACGCACCUCGACGAUGACGAACAGAAUAUUCAAGAUUUUGAUGUUAUUUGUGUUAGCCGCACUGUUCGAUGGCCAGCAUCAGGCCGUACAGACCAGUGCGCAAAUCAUUAGCAUCAAUUGCAGCGGACAACCGGCCAUCUGCGUGGGACCGGCAUCCUAUCAGCUCUGCGAGAAGAAUGUGGCCACAGGCAGUGUCAUUCAGUGUCCACUGAACACGCGCUGCAUUAAUGAAGGCGUGGAGAUUUGUGUGGCCGUUAAAGUGGAUCCUAAAGCGCCCGCUGCGGCGGUUGCCAAGAUGACAACAGUCACCGAUCACCCGAUCAUUGGCGGUAAAGCAUCUGCGGCUAUCAUAGAGUCCACGACCAGCUCCGGCGGCAUUGUGGUUGCCAAUAGUACUGAGGGCCUAGUGAUUCUUACGACAACUGCGUCUGUGCCCCUCAGUACAACCCAGCUGCCCGUUGAGUCAACACCGGCUCUUGUUGAGACGACAAAUGCGCCGGUGGAGGCAACCACUAGUGCUCCUUUGCAAACAACUGCUCAGCCAAUUGUCGAAACAACGAUUGCACCUGUAAAUCCCGAAACAACUUUGCCCAAUAUACCACUGGAUACUACAACUGAAGCCAUAUGGAAUCCAACUACAGGCGGUGUCCCAGUGCGCCCAACAAAACCAACACGCCCAAGCUCAACGUCUUCUCCUGUCGAGCCAACUCUACCUUCCGAUCCUAGUACCCCACUAGAUCCAAAUGGUCCCAUUGGGACAACUGAGCCAAUCGGCCCAGAAGGAACUUCAUUACCUCCGGUCAACCCAACAGAUCCAGCUAAUCCCACCGCACCAGUGGACCCAGAGAUUACUACUAUAUCUCCGGCUGAUCCAAAUGCACCUGUUGACCCCAACACAACGGAAAGCCCACAGGCAACAACAAUUUCACCCCUUGAUCCAACCGCACCAGUUGAUCCCAAUGCUCCUGUUGACCCCAAUGCACCAGUUGACCCCAAUGGUCCAGUCGACCCCAACGCACCUAUUGAUCCUAAUGCCCCAGUGGAUCCCAAUGCCCCAGUGGACCCCAACGCACCAGUGGACCCCAAUGCCCCAGUGGAUCCAAAUGAACCUGCAAGCACAACUGUAUCUCCAGUAGACCCGAACGCACCAGUGGACCCCAAUGCUCCAGUCGACCCCAACGCACCAGUCGAUCCAAAUGCUCCUGUUGACCCCAAUGCACCAGUUGACCCGAACGCACCAGUGGAUCCCAAUGCCCCAGUGGAUCCAAAUGAACCUGCAAGCCCAGAGGGCACAACUGUAUCUCCGGUAGACCCCAACGCACCAGUGGAUCCUAAUGCCCCAGUGGACCCCAACCCACCAGUGGAUCCCAAUGCUCCAGUCGAUCCAAAUGCUCCUGUUGACCCCAAUGCACCAGUUGACCCGAACGCACCAGUGGAUCCCAAUGCCCCAGUGGAUCCAAAUGAACCUGCAAGCCCAGAGGGCACAACUGUAUCUCCGGUAGACCCCAACGCACCAGUGGACCCUAAUGCCCCAGUGGAUCCCAAUGCCCCAGUGGAUCCCAAUGCCCCAGUGGACCCCAAUGCUCCAGUCGACCCGAACGCACCAGUUGAUCCUAAUGCCCCAGUGGAUCCCAAUGCCCCAGUGGAUCCCAACGCACCAGUUGACCCCAACGCACCAGUGGACCCCAAUGCUCCUGUUGAUCCUAAUGCUCCUGUUGACCCCAACGCACCAGUUGAUCCUAAUGCCCCAGUGGAUCCCAAUGCCCCAGUGGAUCCCAAUGCCCCAGUGGACCCCAAUGCUCCAGUCGACCCAAACGCACCAGUUGAUCCUAAUGCCCCAGUGGAUCCCAAUGCCCCAGUGGAUCCCAACGCACCAGUGGAUCCUAAUGCACCAGUUGACCCCAACGCACCAGUGGACCCCAAUGCUCCAGUCGAUCCUAAUGCUCCUGUUGAUCCUAAUGCUCCUGUUGACCCCAACGCACCAGUUGAUCCUAAUGCCCCAGUGGAUCCCAAUGCCCCAGUGGAUCCAAAUGAACCUGCAAGCCCAGAGGGCACAACUGUAUCUCCGGUAGACCCCAACGCACCAGUGGACCCCAAUGCACCAGUGGAUCCCAAUGCACCAGUUGACCCCAAUGCACCAGUUGACCCCAAUGCACCAGUGGAUCCUAAUGCACCAGUUGAUCCCAACGCACCUGUCGACCCCAACGCACCAGUGAACCCCAACGCGCCAGUCGAUCCUAAUGCACCUGUAGAUCCCAACGCGCCAGUGGAUCCUAAUGCACCAGUCGAUCCUAAUGCACCUGUGGACCCCAACGCACCAGUGGAUCCUAAUGCACCAGUUGAUCCCAACGCACCUGUGGACCCCAACGCACCAGUGGAUCCUAAUGCACCAGUCGAUCCUAACGCACCUGUGGACCCCAACGCACCAGUGGAUCCUAAUGCACCAGUCGAUCCUAAUGCACCUGUAGAUCCCAACGCGCCAGUGGAUCCUAAUGCACCAGUCGAUCCUAAUGCACCUGUGGACCCCAACGCACCAGUGGAUCCUAAUGCACCAGUUGAUCCCAACGCACCUGUGGACCCCAACGCACCAGUGGAUCCUAAUGCACCAGUCGAUCCUAACGCACCUGUGGACCCCAACGCACCAGUGGAUCCUAAUGCACCAGUCGAUCCUAAUGCACCUGUGGACCCCAACGCACCAGUGGAUCCUAAUGCACCAGUUGAUCCCAACGCACCUGUGGACCCCAACGCACCAGUGGACCCCAACGCGCCAGUCGAUCCUAAUGCACCUGUAGAUCCCAACGCGCCAGUGGAUCCUAAUGCACCAGUCGAUCCUAAUGCACCUGUGGACCCCAACGCACCAGUGGAUCCCAACGCGCCAGUCGAUCCUAAUGCACCUGUGGACCCCAACGCACCAGUGGAUCCUAAUGCACCAGUUGAUCCCAACGCACCUGUAGAUCCUAACGCGCCUGUGGACCCUAACGCACCAGUGGAUCCUAACGCACCAGUUGAUCCCAACGCACCAGUUGAUCCCAACGCACCUGUCGACCCCAACGCACCAGUCGAUCCUAAUGCACCAGUGGAUCCUAACGCACCAGUUGAUCCCAACGCACCAGUUGAUCCUAAUGCACCUGUGGACCCCAACGCACCAGUGGAUCCUAAUGCACCAGUUGAUCCCAACGCACCAGUUGAUCCUAACGCACCAGUGGAUCCUAACGCACCAGUCGAUCCUAACGCACCAGUUGAUCCCAACGCACCAGUGGAUCCCAAUGCGCCAGUCGAUCCUAAUGCACCAGUGGAUCCCAAUGCGCCAGUCGACCCCACCGCACCAGUGGAUCCUAACGCACCAGUCGACCCCAAUGCUCCAGUCGACCCCAACGCACCAGUCGAUCCUAACGCACCUGUCGACCCCAACGCACCAGUGGAUCCUAACGCACCAGUCGACCCCAACGCACCAGUGGAUCCUAACGCACCAGUUGAUCCCAACGCACCAGUCGAUCCUAACGCACCUGUCGAUCCCAAUGCACCGGUUGAUCCCAACGCACCAGUUGACCCCAACGCACCUGUAGAUCCUAACGCGCCUGUGGACCCCAGCGCACCAGUGGAUCCUAACGCACCAGUCGACCCCAAUGCUCCAGUCGACCCCAACGCACCAGUCGAUCCUAACGCACCUGUCGACCCCAACGCACCAGUGGAUCCUAACGCACCAGUCGACCCCAACGCACCAGUGGAUCCUAACGCACCAGUUGAUCCCAACGCACCAGUCGAUCCUAACGCACCUGUCGAUCCCAAUGCACCGGUUGAUCCCAACGCACCAGUUGACCCCAACGCACCUGUAGAUCCUAACGCGCCUGUGGACCCCAGCGCACCAGUGGAUCCUAACGCACCAGUUGAUCCCAACGCACCAGUCGAUCCUAACGCACCAGUCAACCCCAAUGCACCAGUGGAUCCCAACGCACCAGUUGAUCCUAACGCACCAGUUGACCCCAACGCACCACUUGAUCCCAACGCACCUGUAGAUCCUAACGCGCCUGUGGACCCCAACGCACCGGUGGAUCCUAACGCACCAGUCGAUCCUAACGCACCAGUUGAUCCCAAUGCACCAGUCAACCCCAAUGCACCAGUUGAUCCCAACGCACCAGUUGAUCCUAACGCACCAGUUGACCCCAACGCACCAGUGGAUCCUAACGCACCAGUCGAUCCUAAUGCACCAGUGGACCCCAGCGCACCAGUCGAUCCUAACGCACCAGUCAACCCCAAUGCACCAGUCGAUCCUAACGCACCAGUUGAUCCCAACGCACCUGUCGACCCCAACGCACCAGUGGAUCCUAAUGCACCAGUGAACCCCAACGCACCAGUCGAUCCUAAUGCACCAGUGGACCCCAGCGCACCAGUCGAUCCUAACGCACCAGUCAACCCCAAUGCACCAGUGGAUCCCAAUGCGCCAGUCGAUCCCAAUGCACCUGUGGACCCCACCGCACCAGUGGAUCCCAACGCACCAGUCGACCCCAAUGCUCCAGUCGACCCCAACGCACCAGUGGAUCCUAACGCACCAGUUGAUCCCAACGCACCAGUCGAUCCUAACGCACCAGUCAACCCCAAUGCACCAGUUGAUCCCAACGCACCAGUCGAUCCUAAUGCACCAGUUGACCCCAACGCACCAGUGGAUCCUAACGCACCAGUUGAUCCCAACGCACCAGUCGAUCCUAACGCACCAGUCAACCCCAAUGCACCAGUUGAUCCCAACGCACCAGUCGAUCCUAACGCACCAGUCAACCCCAAUGCACCAGUUGAUCCCAAUGCACCAGUCAACCCCAAUGCACCAGUUGAUCCCAACGCACCAGUCGAUCCUAAUGCACCAGUGGACCCCAGCGUACCAGUCGAUCCUAACGCACCAGUCAACCCCAAUGCACCAGUUGAUCCCAAUGCACCAGUCAACCCCAAUGCACCAGUUGAUCCCAACGCACCAGUCGAUCCUAAUGCACCAGUGGACCCCAGCGUACCAGUCGAUCCUAACGCACCAGUCAACCCCAAUGCACCAGUGGAUCCUAACGCACCAGUCGAUCCUAAUGCACCAGUGGAUCCCAAUGCGCCAGUCGAUCCCAACGCACCAGUGGAUCCUAACGCACCAGUCGACCCCAACGCACCUGUCGACCCCAACGCACCAGUAGAUCCCAACGCGCCAGUCGAUCCCAACGCACCAGUGGAUCCUAACGCACCAGUCGACCCCAACGCACCUGUCGACCCCAACGCACCAGUAGAUCCCAACGCACCAGUCGAUCCUAACGCACCAGUCAACCCCAAUGCACCAGUUGAUCCCAGUGCACCAGUCAACCCCAAUGCACCAGUUGAUCCCAACGCACCAGUCGAUCCUAAUGCACCAGUGGACCCCAGCGUACCAGUCGAUCCUAACGCACCAGUCAACCCCAAUGCACCAGUUGAUCCCAAUGCACCAGUCAACCCCAAUGCACCAGUUGAUCCCAAUGCACCUGUCGACCCCAACGCACCACUUGAUCCCAACGCACCUGUAGAUCCUAACGCGCCUGUGGACCCCAACGCACCAGUGGAUCCUAACGCACCAGUCAACCCCAACGCACCAGUGGAUCCUAACGCACCAGUCAAUCCCAAUGCACCAGUUGAUCCCAAUGCACCAGUCAACCCCAAUGCACCAGUUGAUCCCAACGCACCAGUCGAUCCUAAUGCACCAGUGGACCCCAGCGUACCAGUCGAUCCUAACGCACCAGUCAACCCCAAUGCACCAGUUGAUCCCAAUGCACCAGUAGACCCAAGUGCUCCAGUUGAUCCUAACUUACCCGUGAAUCCUAACCCUCCUGUUGAUCCUAACUCCCCACUAGACCCUAACAAUCCCAAUUCUCCCAUCAAUCCUUCCGUGCCCUCUGUCCCUUCAGUUCCCGUGUAUCCAGGUAGGCCCGGUUCAUGGCCAAACCCAUGGCGUCCGAGUCAUCCCAUUCGCCCGACUUAUCCACUCCCAACCUUUAGACCACUUCCACAACAUCCCUUCUGGCCACAGCGACCGACGCAACCGGGCAACGGCAAUGGCAGCAACAGUGGAAAUGCCCCGGCGGGAAAUCCCUUCUGGCCUAAUUGGCGUGAUUGGGUCAAUGGCUGGCGUCCAUCUAAGAAACCGGCUCCUACAACAGCACCAACAUCAGCACCUACUGAGGACCCCAAAAAGUCGGAGACGAAUGAAUCAGUAGAGCAACCGUCUAAUGGACCAGUCUCGAAUGAGAAUGCCUCGGUUGAAGAGAGCAACAAGAAUCCCAAGGAUAAGAACAAGCCAAAGUCUGAAAAGGAUCAAUCCAAAGAGCAGGACAAAAAGAAGUCGGAUUCCGAUGAAAACAGUUCAGACGAGAAGAAGAAGGAGAAGGAAAAUAAACGGAAAGAAGAAAAGGAGAAUAAGAAGAAGGAGAGCAGCAAGUCAAAAGACUCAAAUGAGGAAAAAGACAACGAUAAGAAAAAAUCAAGCAGCUCAUCGGAGGACAAGAGUGACAAAAAGGAUGAUAAAAAGCAAAAGGACUCGAAGGAGGAGAAAGAUAGCGAACAGAAGAAAUCCAACGAAGAUGAGGACAACGACGAUCUGAGUUCCAAGGAUAAAAGGCAAUUCGUAAAGAACGUCAUCAAAAAGCUAAGAAACGAAGACGAAUGCGAUGAAGACGAUGUCUACCCAGAUGUGCGCGAUUGUCGUAAAUAUUACCGCUGCGAGAUUAAAAAGUCCGGCAAACAUCGGUUUGUCCAUCUGCGCUGCGACAACAAGGAGCGUUUCGACUACCGCAGCCUCAAGUGCGUCUCCAAGGACGAUGCCGUCUGCCUGCACAAGUAGAGAGCCAACUGCGCAGCAACUGCGGCCAAACGAAGUGAACGGAAACCGAAACAGAAACGAAAACUGUAGCAUUCAAUAUAUUUAAUCUCACAAUAAAUUCAAUGAUAUUAGCA